UUGGUAAGAGGAAUGCCAAAAAAUUGUAGCAAAGACUGUGUGGGUCUUAGAUACCGAACUGGCAGCCUUCAUCAAACCUUCAAGUGGUUCCAUUUGACCGAAGAACUACACGAAUAUCUAAUUUCAAUGUCAUCAGCUGAUUCGAACGCCAAUGCUUUGUAAAUUCGGACAGUAAAUCUAUUCGGUCUAGUCAAAAUCGAAAGAAAUAGAAACGAAUAGUGUGCAAAGGUGUUCAACAAUAGAAAUAGAAGACUGCAGCAAAUUCUGCCUCAUUUUUAGACUAUUGCAUUUAAGUGAAUUUUCGAACAAUAAACAAUCAAAUUAGCAAAUAAUUAAAAUAAUAACUGCAACUAAAGUGCCUGUGGAUCGAAUAAAGUGACAAAUUUUAAAGUAGAAAAGUGAAGAAAAGCGAACUAAAAAAUUACGUAAAUAACUUACAUUACAUUAACGACAAGAGUUAAGAGAGAAUACAUAGAACAACUGUCAAGAGAUACGAAAACAUGGCCACUUCGUUGAUAGUGAAGGGUUCAACCAUGACCCGCUUGGCUGUCGUACGAAUAACCAAUGUAAAUAAGUCCAUUGGGAUGCUGCAAGUGGCUAAUUACUCGAAUAGGAGCAAUGAGAGUAAUGAUAGCGGUCGACAACAAUCACCAAAAUCAGAUGGUGAAAUAAAGAAAUCCGUUUUCAUAUCGCAGUCGUAUGAUGUAUUCACGAAUUUGGCAUUGGAGGAUUGGAUCUAUCGAAAUUACGAUUUUACGAAUCAUCAUAUUCUGAUGUUAUGGGCUAACGAUCCGUGUGUCGUUGUCGGUCGGCAUCAGAAUCCGUUCUCGGAGGCAAAUGUUUCCAAUUUGAUGAAUAAGGGGGUAGAGUUAGCCCGACGCAACAGUGGCGGUGGAGCCGUUUUUCACGAUCGUGGCAAUUUAAAUUGCACAUUUUUCACGAACCGAGAUCGAUACAAUAGGAGCUACAAUUUGAACAUAUUGACACGAGCCUUGUUCCGCGAAUUUGCAAUUAAAACGGAAGUUUCGGAUAGAGACGAUAUUACGCUGAUGGGGAAGAAAAUUUCUGGUACAGCUGCAAAAUUGGGCCGACCGAAUGCAUACCAUCACUGUACUCUAUUGGUGAACUCAAAUAAAUUGCACUUGAACGAUGCGCUAGUGAAAGAUGAGGCCGAAAUCGUCAGCAAUGCCACAAAAUCGGUACGUUCACCAAU